GGGAUCUACUGAAGGUAUGAAGAAGGAGCAAGAGAAGUGAAAAUUGUCUCAAUCUGCUUGGGAAAAGAAAAAGACUUCUAUUAGAGCAGAUAAAAAGGCAAGGCUGUGAGCCUCGAAAUCACUAUGUACAUAAGGCGGCUUUGCUGGCCCUCGCGUCUCCAGUGUGCAUGGAGGGCAGCUGUCCUGAGACACGUCCAGUGCAGGCAGCAGGGAGCCCACCGAUGGAAACAUUUGGGGUGCGGUACCUACCGAGCGGUGAUUUUUGACAUGGGCGGAGUUCUCAUUCCCUCUCCAGGGAAAGUGGCUGCUGAAUGGGAGGUUCGGAACCAGAUCCCUCCUGGAACUAUACUGAAGGCCUUUGUCAAAGACGGUGAGGAUGGGAUCUGGAUGAGAUUUAUGAGAGGAGAAAUAAAAACCGACGAUUUCUUACAAGAAUUUGGGAGAGUUUGCUCUGAAAUAUCAAAGACCACUGUGCCGGUGGACUCGUUCUUCUCUCUGAUGACCAGCAAGCAGAUGGCAAGGCCAUUCCCAGUGAUGACCCAGGCCAUUUCUCAGAUCCGGGCCAAAGGUCUUCAGACCGCAGUCUUGAGCAAUAAUUUUUAUCUCUCCAAUGGGAAAAGCUUUUUGCCCCUGGACCGGAAACAGUUUGAUGUGGUGGUGGAGUCCUGUGUGGAAGGCAUCUGUAAGCCGGACCCCAGGUUGUACCAGCUGUGUCUGCAGCGCCUCGGCCUGCAGCCCUCUGACUCCAUCUUCCUGGAUGACCUGGGACCAAAUCUGAAAGCAGCUGCCAGCCUGGGCAUUCAUACCAUCAAAGUCGAUGACCCAGAGACUGCAGUGAAGGAACUGGAAGCUCUUCUGGGUUUUCCAUUGCGCAUGGGCAUUCCCAACACACGUCCUGUGAGGAAGAAUAUGGAAAUUCCAAAAGAUGCCUUGCAGACAUACCUCAAGAACUUGCUGGGGAGCGGAGGCCCAGGUCCUUUAGAACUCCUACAGUUUGAUCAUGGACAGUCAAAUCCAACUUACUACAUCAAGUGGGCUGACCACCAGCUGGUUCUGAGGAAGAAGCCUCCAGGGGCUCUCCUUCCGUCUGCCCAUGCAGUGGAGCGGGAGUUCAGAAUAAUGAGAGCCCUGGCAAAAGCUGGAGUGCCUGUCCCCACUGUUCUGGACCUCUGUGAAGAUUCGAGUGUCGUAGGCACACCCUUCUACUUGAUGGAAUACUGCCCAGGUCUCAUCUACAAAGACCCCUCCCUGCCAGGCUUGGACCCAAGCCAUAGACGAGCCAUCUACACUGCCAUGAACAAAGCUCUGUGCACAAUUCACAGUGUGGACCUGAAGGCCACAGGGCUAGAAUUCUAUGGGAAACAAGGGGACUAUCUUCCCCGCCAGGUGCAAACCUGGACCAAGCAGUACCGAGCCGCGGAAACCACCACCAUCCCCGCCAUGGAGAGGCUCAUCCAGUGGCUGCCGCUCCACCUCCCCCAGGAACAGAGGACCACGGUGGUGCAUGGGGACUUCAGGCUCGACAACCUGCUGUUUCACCCAGAAAAGCCAGAAGUGCUUGCUGUCCUGGACUGGGAACUUUCCACCUUAGGUGACCCCCUCUCAGAUGUCGCGUACAGCUGCCUGGCUCACUACCUGCCGUCCAGUUUCCCACUGCUGAGAGGUUUCAGUGACCAGGAUGUGAGGCAGCUGGGCAUCCCCAGCGCAGAGGAGUACUUCAGGAUGUACUGUCUCCACAUGGGCAUCCCUGCCAUUGAGAACUGGAACUUCUACCUGGCCUUCUCCUUCUUCCGUGUGGCGGCAAUCCUACAGGGAGUCUACAAGCGGUCGCUCACAGGGCAAGCAAGCUCAGCGACGGCCGGACAGAGUGGCAAGCUGGCCGAAUUUAUGUCUAACUUGGCAUGGGACUUUGCAACUAAAGAAGGCUUCCGAAUUUUCAAAGAGAUGCCAGUCACCAAACCAGUCACAAGGUCCCACCAUGUGUGGAGCCGAGCGCAGGGCCUGCUAAGCCCCACCGGCAUGAGGAGACACAGCUCUGUUCCAGAAGCUUCGCCAGCUCAUGCCACCAAGGGGGCUCUGGUUCUCUCUCCAGAAGGCCUCUCCCCAAGGGUCAGGACGCUGUAUGGCCGCCUGCAGCAGUUUAUGGAGCAGCAAGUGUACCCUGCAGAGCCAGAGCUGCAGCGACACCAGGCCUCUGCCGACAGGUGGAGCCCUUCCCCGCUCAUGGAAGACCUCAAGGACAAGGCCAAGGCUGAAGGACUUUGGAACCUUUUCCUUCCUUUGGAGAGCGACCCAGAACAAAAAUACGGAGCAGGACUGACCAACGUGGAGUACGCACAUCUGUGUGAAGUCAUGGGCACGUCUCUGUAUGCGCCUGAGAUGUUCAACUGCUCCGCGCCAGACACGGGAAACAUGGAGCUGCUGGUGCGCUAUGGCACAGAGGAGCAGAAGGCCCGCUGGCUGAUCCCUCUGCUGGAGGGCAGGGUGCGCUCCUGCUUUGCCAUGACGGAGCCCCAGGUGGCCUCGUCAGAUGCUACCAACAUCGAGGCUUCCAUCCGAGAGGAGGAUGGUGUCUAUGUCAUAAACGGUCGCAAGUGGUGGAUCUCAGCAGCCCUGUGUCUCUGGUAUCCGCAGGUGAAGUCCCGCGUGGCCUUUGGGAAGCCCCUGGUGGAACAGGGCACAAUCCUGGCAGAUAUUGCCCAGUCCCGUGUGGAGAUCGAGCAGGCAAGGCUGCUGGUGCUGAAAACUGCCCACCUCAUGGACGUGGCAGGAAAUAAGGCUGCCGCUUUAGAAAUUGCCAUGAUUAAAAUGGUGGCCCCGUCCAUGGCCUAUCGAGUGAUUGACCGUGCUAUUCAGGCCUUCGGAGCGGCGGGCCUGAGUGGUGACUACCCGCUGGCUCAGUUCUUCGCUUGGGCCCGAGCGCUGCGCUUUGCUGAUGGCCCUGACGAGGUGCACCGGCUCGCCGUGGCCAGGAUGGAGCUGAAGCCUCGGGCCUAGCCCUGUGGGAGUCCCUGCUGGCCAGCUGUACCUCGCUGCAAGUGGCGCCCCCUAUCUGCGACAGUCAUUGUGAACUCAGCCUUCCCUAUCUUCAUGGAAGCCAUUUCCUUGUGAAGCUGAGACUCAUACUACAGGAGGGAAGAGGCGGAGGCAGUGGGGGAGCAGAGCGGAGCAGGCAGGUCCUCACCCUCCCGUGGCCUGCUCUCUCCCUGGCUGCGGGAAUGGGGACACACGAGGAGCCCACUGGGUAACAUGCUGCGCUCUCUCUGGAAACAGGCUGGAAGGAGAGGGUGGCCGGGGCCCAGGGGUGCUCUGGGAACACAGAGUGAAACCCCAAUGGUGAACCUGAUUUUCUUCUUUCAUGCGUCACAUCUCAGAGCACCUAAAGGGUGUUUGGGGAAGGGGCUCGGGACGAGGACGGAGCACAUCUCGUAGGCUUUGGGAACUUUCUGUGUCACUGACACUGGAAAUAAAAGUUCCACUU